UGAUAGUAUCUAUUAAUGUAAGGCCUACAUGUAUUCUCAAUCUAACCAAUGGCUAACAGCAAACUUAUCAGAUCUCUGGAAUAACUAUUUCACACAGUGGGGGCAAAAGCCAAUUUAAAACAAAGUGGAUAACAAAUUACGAAAAAUAAAAGUUUUCGAUUAAUCUGUGAAAAUUUGAAAACACUGUUAAUUAAUUCUUUAAAGAGUGAAAAUGAAAGGAAUUGAGAAACUUGAAAUAGAAGCUACAGAAAUUUAUGGUAAAUUAAUUCGUGGUGAUGACAUUCAACUUAAAAAAUUCAUGCAGAAACCAAGUAAGCAGUUGAAAGAUAUGUGCUGUGUUAUUAUUGGAACUGGAAAUACCCUGAUACAUGAAGCAAUUCAUAAAUCAAAACUACAACUUCUAGCUUUUUUCCUAAAAAAUGGUGCAGACAUUAACACUAGAAAUAAAGAAGGCCUGACACCACUUCAUGCAGCCCUUCUUUACAAAAAUUUCAGAGCAGCCAAGUUUUUGAUCGAGUCUGGAGCUAGCGUAAACGAAAUAGUGUCACAAAAAACAGGCCAGUCUUUGUUACACAAAAUGGUCUGGGCAAACCGUCGACAAGCAGCCAAAUUGUUGUUAGAAGAAGGUGCUGUUGUAAGCAGAAAAGAUAAAUUAGGACGUACCCCAUUACAUUUUACAGCAAUGCGAGGCAAUGUUUACAUGAUUCCGAUGUUUUUAGAAAAGGGCGGUGAACUCAAUGCUAUGGACAAUAUGAACAGAACCCCACUUUUACUUUCUCUCAUGUAUAAAAACCCAGACAUUGCUAAAAUAUUGCUGGAGGAAGGAGCAGACGUGACUAUUAAGGAUAAAAUUGGUAACAGCCCACUACACAUAGCAGUUAUAGAAAAAUAUACAGAAGUAGCCAAACUGAUAGUCAGCAGAAAUGCUAUUAAUGUCAACACCAAGGAAAAAAUCAUGGGAAGGACACCUUUACAUUUAGCUUGUGAAAAAAAUUAUCAAAAAUUAGUAGGCCUGUUGUUAGAGAAUGGGGCAGACGUCAAUCUAACAACCACCUUCAGAAAAUCCCCAUUACAUCUGACAGUUCUAAAUGGCGCUACAGAACUGGUUCCUCAAUUACUUAACAGGACACGUAAUGUGAACAUGCUAUCACUUGGAAACAAAACCGCUCUACAUAAUGCUGUCGAAGGUGGAUAUUACAAUAUCGCAAACUUGUUAAUCCAAGCCAAAGCCAAAACCAAUGUCCAUGACACUCACGGUUUGACGCCAUUACAUCAUGUGGCCCGACUCGGUUAUACAGACUGCGCCAAUCUUCUGAUUAAAGAGGGAGCUCAAGUGAAUAGUUCUGACUCAAAGCAGAUGACACCACUUCACCACGCAGCAGAAACCAACCAAAUGGAUAUGGUGAAUACAUUGUUACGGUCUGGAGGUGAUCUCAAUCUUCAGGAUGAAGACGGAAAGAUACCUUUAGAUUAUGAUACUAACGGAGAGCUACAAGCUUUAUUAGAUAGAAAAUCAGCAAGACGUCGUCGACAUGCCCAGAUAGACCGAUAGUUGUGAUAUUAAAUCAUACGAUUUGUUUCACAACUGUGUAUGGAGUAUUACCUUUAAUCAUGUCUACCUCAUUAUUAUAUUUGACAAUAAUUAUGUAAUUAUGUGUUUUAUUGAUUAUACUUUCAAUCCUUUAAAUUGUUCUUAAAUUUAUCAUACUAGAGUUAGUUUUUACUCCAAUUUGUGAUAUUGGUAAUUCUUUGAUUCUCUCUAAAACAAUACAUGCUAUAAUCUACUCAAAAGACAAAUUGAAUACUUACAACCCAUUGUCAAAGUUAGACAAAUAUAUCAGAAGGAAACUUAUUGUGAGUUGUCUACAAAUUUGACAAAUGUCUACAUAUUGGAUCAAAUUCAGCUUGAAACAGUUUUUAAUUUUUUAAUAUAAGAGAACAGUUUUGAACUGGUUUAUGAAACUUCUUCCUCCAGCUGAGUGCCCUGUCUGAAGGCGGUUUGUUCAAUAUUAGUAUAAACAUGCCAGAGUUAAUAAUUUUAAUUGUUUUUACCAGCUAUUUGUAGAUUCGUGAUACAUGAUUGGUUUAUAUAAUAAACAAAGCAAACUUAAUGCAAUAAUUGCAUUUUUUUAUGUCAUAUGUUUAAAACAUGUUAAAAUAAAGCCUUAAAAUACAUGGCAUCUAUACACACAGUCCUGCCUUGUUAAAGAAUAAUCCUAAAUCCUAUAAUUCACUUGUGUCAGUUGAGAAAUUGGCAAAUAUAUCCUUUCAUUUCCAAAUACCAUUAGCGAGUAGAAAUUAUUUAAAAUUUUUAUGUGAAUGUUUUUUAAGUGCUAGAAUGAUUCCUAUGAUUGUAUAGUAGUGAUUUGACAACCAAUUAAGUAAUAGAAUAGAAAUAGUUAUGUUUUGACUUUCUUUGAAAAUAUGCAAUUAUCGCUUUAAUCCAAAAUUUUAGGUACAAAAAAAAGGUUUCUAUUACUGGAAAGAGGGCCUGGCAUGUACAGUAGUAUCUAGUCGUUUUGAAGGGACAAAAAACUGAGGCCUAUGUACACAUUGGCCUGCACGUAAAAGCACUCUUCAAAGUUGGAAUUCGAAAUAAGUGUAGGAUGUGGCAAUAUUUCUCUCAUAGCACUCUGUAUGGUGAAUGCAUAUCUUUAUUAUCCCAGUCGGUGCAGAAAAAUAGGACAUUAAACCAGAUUUCAUUUCUUAUUAUAUCAUAUUAAUAUACCUUAUAGAGACUGAUAAAAAACAUAACGGAAGUAGUGAAAGUACAGUUGUUUUGUUAGAAAAUCUUAAAAUCCAUCAUACAUAAAUAACUUGAAUGAAAAUAACAUCUAGUUUUAAUCAGAUUGCAGCAUAUACAUCCUACCUGUUGUCUGUCUGUUGUAUCAUUUACUGCUAUAUUAUUUUCAACUACAACUUGGUCAAUACAUUCAUUUAUAUUAGACUUCACCAUAACUUCUGCCUAAUAAAAAAUGACAAUUAUAUUAACAUAUUAAAGGGGCAUUAGGUAAGAUUGGAUAAAGAGUUGACAGUUCUUGCUGUAAUAGUUAAAAAAUAGAUAAUGAAAACAGAAUAUACUGAAAGUUUCAGUCAACUUGCUUCACUCUGAACCAAGAUUUUAGCGAUUCAAUUUUAGGCUAGUCUCGAUCGUCAUAAUACUAACGUUGGUAUGAUAAUAAACAAAGUCUUCAUCAUCCAUUUUUAUGUUAAAUUAUCCAUCACAAAACGUAUUCAAAUCCACUAAAUAUUGCAGGCUAGCGAUGCCAUCAAGAGUUGAUUAUGGUCUGGAUAAGUAAAUUAAUGUCUAAUUAAUAAUUUAGGUAGUAUUUCAGGCCUAAAGAAGGACCUGCAAUAGGUAGAUUUAGCUCUUGCAUAAUGUAUGUUUAAAUAAUUAAUUGUAAAAAUAUAACUGAUUGUCAACAAAUA